AUGCCUCUCCGUCAGACCCUGCUCAGCUUUGCUGCAGCACUUGCGUCCCCGAAACAGCAUGAACUCAAAUCCAAUAGACGGUCCAGUCUUUCACGAGCUUUGAGCUCAAAUUCAUCUGACACAUCCGACACUAUUGAAGUUGAGGUUACGGAGCCUCCCCUGCAACUCCCUACCCCUGAUGAGACUGCAACAGAAUCAUCCAGUGUGGCAAGCAGCCAGGAUUUGUUGAAAGCACAAGGACGACGCGUCAGUAAGCGCAUGUCGAAGGGCAGAGCUAUUGACCGACUGUCCUCGGCGAAGAAGGGUCAAGAGCAAUACAGGACAGUGUCCGGGGAGACUCUUGUCAAUAGCGUGAAUGCAAGCCAGGAUAGCUUGCUCAAGAAAGGUGUCGACGCACUAGACUUGCCAUGGAAUAUGAGCGACGUCUUCAACAUUGGUAGUAAGGCUGAUCUCACCAAAUCCACAAAUCCAAAGGUAGCGGGGAGCACAGAAACUGUAAAUACCAUGGCAGAAGAAGACUCGGAAGACUCGGAAGACGAAAAAGAACGCGCAGCUAAGGCCGCCGCCAAAAAGAAGAAAAUCGAACAGAAUAACCGGCUGUGGGAGAAGAGGAAGAAGAUGGCCGAGAAGAAUGCCACACGCCGGUCCUCCAGAGCUCCGACACUCAGCAGGGCCGCUGAAUUUGCUUCAGGGAUUGCCGAAACCGUCCUGGGCAAACGCAAGGACCGUACCAGCGAUCUUAGAGGCAGCCUGAGACCCCGGAGUGCCAUGGAGCAAGGCGCAGCGGUGGCAGAUGAGCCCAUCGCGAAGAAGCGGCGGGUCACUGACAACGUUCUGCCCUUUGCCCCACAGACUACCACGACAUCGCCUCUCAGCAAGAAAGCACCUCGCGCUCCUAAGGACAAGAAGUGGCUGACUUCCGGCCUCUACGCGGGUCAGAAGCGCCAGUUUGACGCCCGCCAUCAUGGCGGUACUAAAGGCAAACGGAAAAGCGCUGGAGAUGCUGGCGCCGAAAAGGAGAACUCGAUUUUGCCGUUACCCAUGUUCUUCGGCGAGCGUCUUCUCAAUGAAGGUCGUGACUUCAAGCUUCCUUUCGAUGUGUUCUCGCCUCUGCCACCUGGACAGCCCAAGCCGGAUGAGUGGCGGAAGUCGAACAAGAAUAUCUUCGUGGGCGACGCUGCUCAAGAAUGGCGCGUCAUUAAAGAUAUGGAGUAUUCGGCCUGUAUCUGCACUCCCGAGACUGGAUGCGACCAAGACUGUAUGAAUAGGUACAUGUAUUACGAAUGCGACAGCAAGAACUGCAACUUGACUGCCGAGCAGUGCGGCAAUCGGGCAUUUGAUGACCUCAGGAAACGCGUCAAGAAGGGUGGGAAGUACAACAUUGGUGUGGAGGUGAUCAAGACCGACACCCGUGGGUACGGCGUCCGAAGCAAUCGCACAUUCGACCCAAACCAGGUCAUCGUGGAAUAUUCGGGCGAGGUCAUCAACCAGGAUGAGUGUGACAGGAGGAUGCGAAAAGAAUACAAAAACAAUGAGUGCUACUACUUGAUGCUGUUUGACCAAAACAUGAUCAUUGAUGCGACGACGAAGGGGUCUAUUGCACGCUUCGUCAAUCAUUCAUGUAACCCAAAUUGCCGCAUGGAGAAGUGGACUGUCAACGGGAAGCCACGCAUGGCGCUAUUCGCCGGCGAAGGUGGAAUUAUGACCGGCGAAGAAUUAACUUACGAUUACAACUUCGAUCCUUUCAGCCAGAAGAAUGUCCAGGAGUGCAGAUGCGGUGAGGAACGUUGCCGCGGUGUUCUUGGUCCCAGACCUAAAAAGGAUGAGCGGAAGAGCGAAGAGAAAGAAGACGAGCCAAAAGAAAAGAAGAGCCUUAAGAGGAAAGUCGCCGACGCCAUUGGGGACGCGGUCGAAAAGGUCACGAAGAAGCGGAAGACUGAAACGCAAGUGCAAGUCAAGACGACCAAAGCUCGAAGCAGAAUCUACUCGAACAGCCCCAAAAAGACUACAACUUUCACAGCAAAGGCGAAAGCUGUAGCGAAAGCCGUCCGUGGCUCAUCUGCUAGUCCUAUAAAAGCCAGCACCGGGCUGGCUCGCAACCCCUCGAAACUGAAGAGGAUGGUCAACGGGGCGAAGGAGCGAGCGACGAGUGCGGCGACGAGUGCAAAGGCCAGCGCAGCCGCCGGCAUACAGAAGAGCAGAAGCGGUAGACGGAUUGUGUCGACUACUUCGGCCACAGAAGCUUUGUUGGAGAAAGAAGUCACGGAGCAAAACGGUACAAAAAGGACACAGUUGAAGAGCAAAGUGGGAAGUGUCAAGACGUCUGUGGUCAAAACUAUGCGCGGUCGACAGAGUGGUCAAGGCCGAAGUAUGAGAGUGGUUGAUAGUGAUGAGUGA